AUGCGUUGGAUCUCUAUCGCCGCCAUUCUCGGCGUUGCGCUGCUCCCUGCUAGCGCUCGUCCGCUGUGCCGUCCCGAUCGAUCGACUACGACUGGUCUGCCCUCCGCGACGGCGACUACCAGCCUUGAGACUUUGAGCACUGACUCUGCGACUGCUACUGAGACCUCGGCGAUUGAGACUACGGUUACUACCUUCACUGAAUCGGAGACUGCUACUGCGACUACUGGCUUCACCACUGUUACCUCUGCGGUCACCAGCGAAGCUGCGACUACGACUUCUGAAGCUCCUGAAGCCACGAACUACAUCCAGAACGGUGGCUUUGAGGAUAGCCCCAACACCGACUGGAGUGUUCGAACCAGCGAUAUCAAGGGCGACUCUAGACGAGCUCGCUCCGGCAACAAAUACGUCCAAUACGAUGUCGAUGAUUCCGUAGCCAUGGGCGGCAAUCAACUGAACCAAACCGUCAACGGUCUCGAUACCGAGCGCCUCUACCGUCUCACUGCCUACGCCACUGUCUUCGAUACUCCAGCGCCUGUCAAGGAACAAAGCACCAUCUGCGUCAUCGAAGCUCUGCAGGAGAGUUCGUCGAUAGCUCAGUGGCGCCUCGAUUUUACGAAUCUGGGUACAUAUCAGUCCUAUUCCGUGGACUUCACGCCUUCUGAUGAGGACGUUACCGUUACGAUGAGGCUUCGGUGCAGUGAUGGAAAGAAAGUUACUUUGUCGGUUGGUUUGGACGAUGUUUCGUUGUAUGACAUUGGUCCUAAGCUUGUUGGCUAA